AUGAAGCACAUUGGUUUUUCCAUCCUCAAAUUCCAGCAGAUAAUCCUUGAAAUGCGAAGUACUUUAUCACCCAUACAACUAAUAGGACCCAAGACAACUAACUACCUAAAGCGACAUACAUAUACCUACCUGCAUCGACAGCAUGUUAAGGCAGACCACGAAAACACCCUUGCUCACAUAAAAGAGGGGAACAAUGCACUUUUCGAGCGAAAAUAUACAACAAUAUGUCCGCAGACCUCCGUCAGCCGCUGUUCCCUCACGAUCUUCCCUUGCAAACCGUACCUAACGGUUCAUCUGUUUGUGCUAGGCACGUCCACCGGCCACCACCAACAACCCCCCAGAAACUCUAUGCGAAAGAAUUAG